GUCUCUCCCUCCCUCCCCCGUCUGUCUCUCUCUCUUUCCCUCCCCCUGUCUGUCUCUCCCUCCCUCCCCUGUCUGUUUGUCUCUCCCUCCCUCCCCCUGUCUCUCCCUCUCUCUCUCUCUCCCUCCCCCUGUCUGUCUCCCUCUCUCCCCCUGUCUGUCUGUCUCUUUCUCUCUCCUUCUCUCUCUCUCUCUCUCCCCCUGUCUGUCUCUCUCUCUCCCCCUGUCUGUCUCUCUCUCUCUCCCCCUGUCUGUCUGUAGCGGAUGAUGUCCAUCAGUCAGUCACAGAAUCAGGAAACAAAUAAAAUCACCAGUAACGUUCAUCACAGAAUCUGUUGGCCAAAAGUAUGUGGACAGUUCAGGAGGUUUAAACUUGGAUUAAUGAGUGACCUGAAAGCUGCUAAUCAGCAGGAUGUGAUGUCACAGUUGGGUCACUGGGACGCGCUCUGUAGAUUACCUUCCUUUCACACUUCUUUAAUAUCUUUUAAGUGAUAAAAUCAACAGUGUGAUAUGACUGUUUUACUUUAACUGAAGUUUAAUUUGAAUGUUUUUAAUAUUUUCUGUCAUAAUUUCAUUGACUGACUAGAAGUGUUCGAAACAGGUCGUUAAUAAGGUCACUUUCAUUUAAGAUAUACCACCUUCAGAAAUACUGUUCAGUUAAAGUAAAACAUGUCGCUCUUUAUGUACGUUUAUUUUCAUGUAGUGACAGGAGGUCACAUGACGACAGGUCACAUGACAAGAGUCCGGGGGCCACACCUGUUGCAUUACGGGCUGAGGCUGUACGGCAGCAGAGAGCGGCAACAUGGCUGCAAAGGAAGUAUACACAGUCCCAAAAUAAUAAUAUUCUGCAUGGUCCAAGAGGCGCACAGGGUAACUGCCUCUUUGCACCUUUAUUUGGUUUCUGCCUGAUUUUAAUAUUUGUUUAUUGGCCCGUUUGGACGAGUCAGUGUAUUUUAAAAUAGCACUUAAAAAGACGUCUGAAUGAUGCGUGGACGUUAUUUUUUUGGACCGGUGUAAUUAUUUUGUUUUUUUAUGGCAGCUAGUGGCCGAACAACAGGCUGCUUUCACUUUACAGAAAUGUCCCGUUUUACCUAAAUGCAUGCAGGCUCCUGCUCAAAUGUUGACAGGUGAUAAAAUACAACAUGACAAACUUGUCUUUUUCGUUCCACUCUUAUUGUUUCAGCCGCAGAAAACAGACUUGAGUUUUCCUCUGAGACCUUUUGAAUCUUUGCUCCGCCCAUCCUGCUCAUCUCAGACCAAUCACAACGAUCGAUGACACCUUCAGUGACUGAGCGCUGAUGUUUAAAGAACCCAACUGUAUUUGUUUCAGUCACCUCACAGGAAGUACUUAGUUACUCAUAAUUGACACAAACACAUAAAAUAUUUGGCUCCAAGCAAUAUAAAAAAAAAAAAAAAAAAAAAAUACAUAUGAGAUGAAUGCAUGAGUGAAAACAUUAAAAGGUGAAACAGCUGACAUCACAGAGUCCCAUUGCUCAGCAGAGGCCUGCAGGUGCUCCACCACCACAGCACAUGCAUGUAACAUGACUACGGUUCUGUUGCCAGCGUCCACAAAGCCUGAGCUCAGUUCACUUUUCUCACAGAUGCACUGUGUAAAGGUGCGUUCACACCUGUCCUGUUUGGUGCGGUUCCUUUGUGCAGGUGUGAACACACCAAACCAACCGCACCGAGACCUUCCUGAAGAAGUCUGUCCGAGACUGAGCGGCACAUGUCUCGACUCUCACAGUGACUGUGUGUGCGUAACGGCCCGGAGCGCUGGUUACGAAGCACAUUCAAAAACCUGACUGACGUGUGUCACGCAGACAGAACUGGAUUAAAGCACACAGUGACGCUCAUGAUGCUGCUGAACAUACCGCCAUUCCUCCGAGGAGAGCUGCAGCGGGAGGACAGAGCUGUGGUAGCGUGGGCACGAGUAUCAGCGGCAGGUCCUCAUGUGACAUGUGCGUCAUCACGUUUUGAAAACAAAACGAUGGCGAACACAGCAGCAGAGCUGGCGAGGAGGAAGGCCCGGGAGGAGGACGGCAGCGGUUGUCGGGCCAACGCCGUCCCCUUCAACCAGCAGAAGUUUGAGCAGCUGCGCAGCGAGUGUCUGCAGAACGGUUCGCUGUUCUGUGACCCGACCUUCCCCGCAGACUGGGACUCUCUGGGAUACAACCAGCUGGGACGCUACUCCUCCAAAACCAUUGGUGUGGAGUGGAAACGACCCACGGAGCUGUGUUCUGACCCUCAGUUUAUCGCUGAUGGAGCGAAGAGAACAGACAUCUGUCAGGGAGCGCUGGGUGACUGCUGGCUGCUGGCUGCCAUCGCCUCUUUGACUCUGGACCCUCAGAUCCUGAGCAGAGUGGUUCCUCCCGGACAGAGCUUCAGGUCGCAGUACGCCGGCAUCUUCCACUUCCAGCUGUGGCAGUAUGGGGAGUGGGUGGAUGUGGUGGUUGACGACCGGCUGCCCACCAGAGACGGGAAGCUGCUGUUAGUUCACUCGGCAGAGGGCGGAGAGUUCUGGAGUGCGCUGCUGGAGAAAGCUUACGCCAAGGUGAACAGCUCGUACGAGGCUCUGACCGGAGGUUCGAGUAUCGAGGGUUUUGAGGAUUUCACCGGAGGAAUCUCAGAGAGCUACGACCUGAACAAAGCUCCGCCCUUCCUGUUUAACAUCAUGAGGAAGGCUCUGAAACUCGGCUCACUGCUCGGCUGCUCCAUCAACAUUUCCAGCUCAUAUGAGACAGAGGCCAUCACCCGUCAGAAGCUGGUCAAAGGUCACGCCUACUCCAUCACUGCUGCACGGCAGGUUCAUCACUAUGGUUCUGUGGUGGAGCUGCUGAGGAUCAGGAACCCCUGGGGUCAGGUGGAGUGGACCGGAGCCUGGAGUGACAAUUCGAAGGAGUGGGACGGAGUUGAGCCGGAGGAGAAGCAGCAGCUGGACCACUCUGCCGACGAUGGAGAGUUCUGGAUGUCCUACACUGAUUUCCUGCGUCAGUUUUCCCGCCUCGACAUCUGUAACCUGACACCGGACACGCUGACCAGCACUGACGUCGGACGCUGGAACUAUGCUGAGUUUGAGGGCAUGUGGAGAGUCGGCUCCACCGCUGGAGGCUGCAGGAACUACGCGGCCACCUUCUGCUCCAACCCUCAGUUCUUCAUCCGACUGGAGGACGUGGACGACGACCCUCACGAUGGCGAGGACGGCUGCACCGUCCUCAUCGGUCUGAUGCAGAAAGACGGUCGCAGGGAGAGACGCUUCGGACGAGACCUCAACACCAUCGGAUUUGCAAUCUACGAGGUUCCUGAUGAGUAUAAAGGUCGCAGUAACGUCCACCUGGGACAGGACAUCCUGCUGAGGAGGAUGGCUGUGGCACGCAGUCAGACCUUCAUCAACCUGAGGGAGGUGUGUGACCGAUUCAAACUGCCGCCCGGAGAGUAUGCCAUCAUCCCCUCCACCUUCGAACCGCACCGCAAAGGAAGCUUCAUCCUCAGAGUGUUCACUGAGAAACAGGCCCACAGUAGUCCGAUGGAGGAGGACGUCAACGCUGACAUCCAGGAGCCUGACAUUGGACACAACGACGUGGAUCCUCACUUCAAACAUCUGUUUGUCCAGAUCUCUGGAAAUGACUCUGAGAUUUCAGCCUUUGAGCUCCAACAGAUUUUGGACAAAGUUGUUGCUCAGAGAUCUGACGUGAGGACGGACGGCUUCAGCCUUCAGACCUGCCGCAGCAUCAUCAGCCUGCUGGACAUGGACGGCAGCAGUAAACUGGGUCUGCUGGAGUUUCAUCGUCUCUGGAUGAAGAUCCAGAAAUACCUGGAGAUCUUUAAGAGCCACGACUCAGAUGGUUCUGGUACGAUGAGCAGUCAUGAGAUGAGAGCAGCUCUGGCUGAAGCUGGUUUCCAGGUGAACAGCGCAGUAAUUCAGGAGAUCGUCAGUCGAUAUGCCGACAACAGUUAUGCCAUUGACUUUGACUGUUUCAUCAGCUGCCUGAUCCGACUGGAGCUGCUCUUCAAGAUGUUCAGAACUCUGGAUAAGAAGAACCAGGGGAAGAUCCAACUGGACUUGCAGCAGUGGCUGUGCCUCGCCAUCAACUGAGUGCCGCCGGCUCCAGGAGCAUGCUGGGAGUUUUCACCUGCAGCUGAUGUUCUAAUUAAAACUGUAACAGGAAGUCUGUUUCAAUGUUUUCAAAACUGUAUUCAUCUCUGAAUAAAACACGUUUUAUUACAGACAUAAAGAUUCAUUACUGAUUCA